UUGAUGACGUUUUUCGCAUUCGACGUCAGCAUGAAAUCCACGAAUACUGUGUAUUAAUUUUUUCUCCAAAAUAUUGGCCAUAUUUUGAUAGCUUUUCCCAUUUUUUUAUCAUCUGAAUUUUGUUUGACAAAAUGGAACUGACGGAGGUAGUUUCACCGACGGUUGCCGUUCCAGUGCUCUGUGUAUUAGUCUGUGCAUUCCUAGUAUUUGCGUUUGGCUUCAAGUCCCCAGCACAGCCUCCCAGUUUUGAUGUCUUUGAUGAUGAGGGGAAGAAGCGGAAAACUAAGAAAUCGAAGGGCAGUAAAGGCCAGGUGAAUGGACAUGCAGUAUCCAGCUCCGGUGAGAGUGUUGUACACUCAGCAGCAAAACCAUCUGCCUCUCCUAAGCAGACAGCUAAGCAGGCAGCUAAACAACAAGCUGUGACAAAAACCAAGGCUGUAGCAGAUGUGCAGCAGAAAAAGAAUAAGAAGUCUGCCGCAAAAGAGGACCAAACAAAACCAGUCCAGCAAAAGCCAGUGGUGCAUGAUGAGGAGGAUUUCUCUGGUUGGCUAACUGUAGAGAAGAAGGAGAAGAAGGAAAAGAAGGAGAAGAAGCAGAAGAAGAAGGAAGGAGAGGUAGCCCAGAGACAGGACUCUCCAGCAAAAGAGGAGCCAAUGGUGGCCAAGAUUGAGGAUGUUGUGGCAACAGCACCAAAACCAGCAGUAGAGGCCCAACCCGCCCCACAGGAGCAGAAAAAGGUCCCACCCCCACCACAGGAGCAGAUAAUUACACCACCCUCACCACAGGAGCAGAGAAAUAAGAAAAAGAAGGAAAGAAAGGCAAAGAAGGGCAAAGCUGAAGAAGUUGAAGCAGAAGUUGUUGAGGAGAUGGUUACCAUGGAGACCACACCCGUUGUUGAGGCAGCUGCCCCAGAGCCAGAGCCUGUGCCAGAGACCAGCAUUGAACUGCAGAUACAGGAUGCGAUGGAGACCACAGUAGCAGAAAUGAGCCCGGCACUGGAUAGAAAGAAGAACAAAAAGAAGAAGAAAUCUCCAAGCCCAGAGGAGGAUGACUUUGUUAUACCGCAGUCUGCCCUGAAGCCCAUUGCAAGCCCGCCCCUGGAGCCCACACAGGAUCCCGCCCUUGCUGAUAAUACAGAAGCUCUCACAGUGAAAGCCGCAAAAAAAAAUAAGAAGAAAGAUAGAAGCAAGAGGCCAGAUGAGAAGCCAGUGGCGACAGAUGUUGGUGUAAGCAGGGAGGGGUCAUCAAGUGUUGGUGCUAGCGGAGAGGGCUCAACUAGUCGUUCGAAAUCACCUGUCUCAGUCACCUCUAAAGGUGAUACAGUACAGAAAGAAUCUCCAGCGCCGUUGGAGGUUUCUGGGGCAACAGGAGAUGCCCCUGUCAAUGACCCCACCCCUUCCUUUGAUGAAAUGGGCUCUGUGACCGACUCCUGGCUGGAAGCAAAACCAAAGAGUAAAAAGAAGAAAGCGAGAAGAGCCGACUAGUCAAGCGCAUAUUUAUAUUGAUAUAUUAUUUUUAUAGCUAUAUAUGGCCAUGUUUGGCCGUACCUGGGUCCAUGUCAGGUUUUAUUUUGUGAUAUAUUUAGAUUAUUAUCUUCUGAGAGAUGGCAGGUUUACAAGCAUCUUGGAGAACCACUAAACAAUAGGGUAAUAAUUGCGGUAUCAAUGCUUCAUGGAAUGGCUUAGGAGUUUUUGCUUGGCCUAAGCGAGCCAUUGCUCAUGAAAUGAGGCCAAAAAAAUGAAGGAGAUUUGACACUUGACAUCCAUGUCAAGAUAUUGGAUAAAAAAGAUGUUUGAGUGACAGGAAACUUUCACAAUUAGACCAUUUGAAACCAGCUUUACAUGUGACAGUUGACAAUCGCUAUUUUGAAUUGUAUAAAAGAAUCACGCAAAGGAAGUGCUUUGAGGCACUAGUAUGAAACACAUACAUGUUUUGAACACUUCCACAAGCUAGGCCAAAAUUGAUUGUGUGGUUUAUUUGAGGGAUUGCUUCUGUUGGUUGUGAUUUUACACAUGAUCACUUCCUGCAUGUUACGUGACGCUGACAUUCAUUCAUCCAUUCAAAAGACCAAUUAAGGGAAUACAUCUCUUCGGUUAUUGUACAUUGUUGGUAAAGUCAAUGGCAAAGAAUUACAACGAGGCGGACCAAAGCUCCCAUUUGCGUCAUUUUAAUUAUCUGGAUUCUAGUAAAGCCAUUCAUAAAAAUUAUUUGUUUGCAGUGGCCUUAAUAAUUUUCUGUAAAGACAACUGCAAACUAAAUCAUUUUUAAUAAAGUUAUAUUUAUGUUGAUGUAUUAAAGAAUCUAAAAUGUUGUCUAAAUAUGUUUGAGUAUUGUGACAUGUCUGGUGUUAGUUAAUGGUGCUAUGUCUGUAAAUACGAGCACAGCUCUACUGCAAUAACAUGGUAUUAUCACAGUGUUCUUUCACUUAAGAAUUCUGAUUCUGAAUUGACUUGAUGUACCAAAUAUGAGGAUGGUAUUGUUUAUACCCUCAGAUGGAUAAAUCUGCGGCCUAUAUUGGUGUUGCAAUUGUCAUGUUUCACUAAAUGUCCCAUUAAGUCGUGUUCCAAAAUUCUUGUGUUGUACUAAGCUCCAAAAUUAUUACACCUCAGCUUACGCAGGACAAAAGUUAUGUCCCUUGACAUAGAAAAAACUGUCUAACCUUGUAUUGCUUGUAGCUUUCUUAAGUAUUUUACCUACACAAUGAAACUGUAUAGGAAUGUUGGUCAGCAUAGGCUGGUGUGUAUCUGCCAUUUUUUUCACAUUUCUCUCCUAUAUUCCAUAGCUCAACCUUUAACCAUGCCUGUGUCCAAGCAGCGUGUUGGGGUAUUCAUCACGAUGGUAAUAGCUCUAGUGUUUGUCCUGAAUAUUAUCAAAGAAUAACCUAUUCAAAGGCAAUGUGUAUUCAUUAUGGAAACAAAGAGUGUUUUCCCUGGUAAAGAUAACAAUUUAUAAGGGCUUAUCAUCAAGAAUCCUUAAAGCAGUUUGCUACCUAGUACAUAUUAACGCUUAAGCUGCUGAUGGCGAUUUUAAAGGCUUUGCAAACAGCUUGGAACCAGACCAGACGCCGAGUAACUCGGCGCCUGGUCAGGUUCCAAGCUGUUUGCCACUCAGUCAAUAUAUCCCCAAAGUUUUAAGUAAAUUGAAAGAAAUUUAGAAUAAACCAGACAACAUUUUUGAGCAGACGACAAUUUACCCAGCAUGCAAAGGGUUAAAGCAGUUUGCUACCUAGUACAUAUUUUCAGAAGAAGUACUUCACUGUUGAAAAUAUCUCAAAACCAUUUGGAGGGGUCUUGAUGAAAUGGCCCCACUUGUUCUUAUUUUUGUCCUCAUGUUCAACGUCAACUAUAUUUGUCUAGUUUGUUCAGUUUUCAUCCAUGUAGUGUUCUCUAUGAAGGUUUAGUCUGAAGAAGACCUUUCUCUUUUUAAGAAAUUGUAAAAGGUAUGGAAAGCUUAUGAAUUUUCUUGUUCAAAUUCAAACAUCUGUAUUCAUGUAUACUUGGUAAUUUGUUCCAAAAUCUUUUGCUAUUAAAGGAUUUAAAGGAAAAUAUAUAUUCAUUCUAAUAGCAUACCUUUAUGAAAGAUAAGAAAUACUAUACUGUACAGUAUUUGAAAUAAAUCUGGCUUUUUUUAUUAUAUUCAACUUUCCCCAUGAUACCAACAAAUGUAUUCUCAUGUCGCUAUUCAAAAUCGGUAUUGAAAUUUAAUACCUUGUUAUUUGUAGGUUGAUAAGAUGGCCAUUACUGCUAACCUAAUCUCUUCUUUUUCAAAUGGAUUGAUUCUGUCUCUUCAUCCAUCUGGUGUUUUCAGUUUAAGAAUGCAUUAGCUUAAACCAAUACAUUAGCACCAGCUGGUUCAUCUGCAUCACAAUCAGAUCAUUGCUAGUCACGUAGGCUCUCAUUUUUUGGUUCAGGAAAACACUUCGUCUUGCAUACAUUGUUUUAACUUACAGUGUCUGUCGUAUCUCACAACGUCAGGCUGUUGUUGGGUUGGGGAUUUGUUCAUGAGAAAAUAUUUUAUUGUUGUUUGAAUAAUUUUAUGAAGUUUUCUGAACUGUUUUUAAGUUGCAAGAAUAAAUGGAACUUUUAGGCCAUUUACUGUCAAAAUCAAUUCUUGAAUCAGAUUGAUGAAAUAUAAAAUAUCUAUGUGUACAUGCUCUUUCAGGCAGUGUCAAAAAGCUGACUCUUGUAACUCCCAUGUUUUCUGUGCUACAAGUAUAUGUUGUACCUUUAAGCUUUCGAGGCAUCCAACUCAAUGUUAUUACGGUAAGUUCUAGUUAUGCUUACAAGGGUUUGACUUGUGACAUUCCAUGCGGAAAGUGUAUUUUGAUACUUUAUAUGAUAAAAUUCAGAUUUUUGUCAUUUAUUAAGGAUCUAGUUUACUUAACACUCUUCAGAAGAUUGAGUUUCAUAAGAUUAUGCCAAAGUUAUAUUGAGAAAAUGGAUUUGUUGGAAAAAAGGAAUCAAUAUAAGCAUGUACGACUGACUGAUUUUCUGAAUGUUUUUUUUUGCAUCUACAAAACCUUUACCUUUCUUGACUUCUGACUGGCUUUUUUAUUUUGUUAGUAUAACAGGACCCAAUUACGUGUAACUUAAUUAUUGAGGUAUGUUUUAAUCUUGAGAUUAAAACUUGACUGAAGAUAUUUUCACAGUAAUGUACUAUUAUUAGAUUUCUUUAAAUUGAAUAUGAUAAUGCCAUACCAUUUGAUGUAUUAUAAUUAAAAUUUACACAACUAGAGUUACAUGUAUUACUCUCAGGUUUAUAAACAUGUAAAGUUACAAACCUGAACCGGACUUGCAUGCGAUUUAACCAGUUAAUGAUCCCUUACAUAAAAACAUUUAAUUGUUAAUAGAAAUAGAUUUAUAAUGAUUUAUAUAUAAUUACUAAGAAAUUGUAUGUUUUUGUUUGUGUAUUGUUUAAAGUAAAUGUGUAUUCUUGCAAACAUUAUUAUUAUUAUUAUUAUUGUUGUUGUUAUUGUGAGCGAUUUAGACCUUAUGUAAUGGUUAGUGUUUAUUUAAGGUCCUCUAAACAGUUAUGUCGGUAGGCACAGCCUGGUGUUGACUUAUCUUUUAGAGGACCAAAAUAAAUGCUACCUUAGUGUUCAACGCUAAAUGCCCUUCGAAUGCUUCUAUUCUAGCCAGUUGGCAUGGACUAGCUUCUGAAUAACUUGCUUAAUCAGUCACUGAUAAGUGACUGAAUGGGCAUUUGGCAGUUGUUAUCUACUUAAUGAAUUUUUUGUCAGAGCUUGGCAGAGCCUGAACACUAAGUAUGUAGUUGUAGGGUGGUGAUGGGAAUAAUGCAGUAGAAAGAACACAAACCUUGCCAUGCAGAUAUACCAUGUCAUUGUUGAUUCAUCUUGCAAUAUAUAUAGCUAAUAUUUAUUAUGUAACUGUAAUGUUCUAUGAUAAUUAUUCUGAUCCUGUUCUGAGGGUUGAUUUGUGACUACUUAAUUGUAGGAUGUUCAUUUCUCAUUGUCACCGGGUUAGAGGGCAUUGGGUUGUUCAUAGCAUGUUUAAAUGAUGUUUUAAUAGGAUGGCAAUAUUGUUUUGAUUGUUUUAAGUUGUAGUUCUAAUAAUUUUAUUUUUUCUGAAACCAAUUAUUUUUUCUAGAAUUACAUGUAAACGCAUUAAACAGAUAUUGAACUUCAUGAUCUGAACUGGAGAGCUACUGUAACAAACACAUCAGGCUUUCUGGCUUUGUUUGACCUUUUAUGGGCCUUUAAUGGGCAUUGCUGGCUAUUCUAUGUGGUCUGUGUCUAAAUCAUUUAUCUUCAAUGUUAUUAUUUAACCAGGGGCAGGUAUUCAUAAAGCAUCCUAGGUAAUUUCUUAAUCUAAGUAUUUCAUUGAUGGUUUGAUAUAAGAUAAUGGAAAUUAAAAAAAAAACUAUUUAAAAUACACACUUUAAUGUUAAAACAUCUCUAAUACAUUUUUUUAUUAAUUUGCCAAUAGAAAAUUGAUUUGGUUAAGGAAAUUACUGAAGAUGUUAAAUAUGAAUGAAUAUUGGCCCACACCCAGAUCUUUGACCAUGUUCUACCAUAAGCAGGCUAAGUUUUUAUUAUUCAUAUAAUUUACUUGUUGGUUGAUGCAGUUAACUGUGUCUUAAAGGAGCAGAUAAGUUUCAUUUACUUCAGAUAGUGUUUUAACGUUGUAACAGAAAAUCAAGAGUGCUAGAGUAUACUUUAUACUACUUUAUACUUUAUUUUUGCAAGAUUUAAUUCAUAUGUCAUAUGAGAUAUAAAUAUAUUCCUGACAAGUUGUUCUUACCUUUUCGAGUGCUUCUAACUCUAUUUGAUCUGCUAUAUAUAUAUUGGAAUCACUGAUUGAUGCUCACAAAUAGUUAUUUAUUGAUUGUGAGCAAAUAUUCUUAAUAAUAAGAGCAAUGCAUAAUCUGCAAGCAGGAAAGGAAUUAAAUGUGUUGUGCAAUUAUUACUUGGUUUAUAGCAUGCCAUAGGUUUUAGAUUAUGUUAAUUGUAUGUAAAUGAAAUAUUCACAGAAAUCAAAUGAAUUAGUUAGUCAAGCACAGUGUGUACAUUAUGUUGCCAAAAUUAUUCACUUGAAUUUGUUGUUUAAGGGAUCAUGACACUGACUUCAUUGUAUUUCUGUUAUUUUAUUUGUCAAGAAUUUGAAAAGGACAAUUAGUAAUAUAUCAUAACAAACUG